AUGGAUGCGGCGGCGGACGCGGCGGAGCGCGUCGAAACCUUGACGAUCGCGACGCGAACGAAGCGAGCGACGCAGAUCGCGGCGAACUCGGACGUGGACGUCGCGUUCCGACCGUUCGGGGCGCCGCUGGCGUUUCUGGCGGCGUGCGCGAAGAUCGGGGUGAAGACGACGUGCGGCGAGCAGGUCAAGACGGCGCCGGCGGAGGCGCGGACGACGACGAAGGAUGGGAAAGUGGACGUCUCGGGCGCGAUCGACGCGUUGGAGGCGUUGGAGGACGCGUGCGAGGGCACGGGGUUGCUCGGCGCGGGAUCGGCGGCGCGGGAGGAGGUGUUUGAGUGGCUGACGAGAUGCCGAAGCUUGGCGCCCGGGGGCGGGUUCGAGAAGCAGUGCGAGGGCGUGAACGAAUACCUCGCCACGCGGACGUAUCUCGUCGGGCACGACGUGACGCUCGCGGAUUUGGCGCUUUGGGCGGAGUUUACGACGAAUCGACAGUGGGCGGUGGUGGAGAAGAAAGGGAAGUGCGGGAACCUCGCGAGAUGGUUGGCUACGAUGAACGCGGACGCCGAAACGCAAGCGGUCGUGGCUGCGGCAAACGCGGGGAAUCCGAUUCUCAGCAAGAAGGCGACGACGGUGUCGGAUACCGGUAAGGUUGUCGGUGCAAAGACAUCAGGUUCGUUCGAGGUCGAUCUUCCGGGAGCGGAGGAGGGGAAAGUCGUCACGAGAUUUCCCCCGGAACCGAGCGGAAUUUUGCACAUUGGCCACGCCAAGGCGGCGCUGCUCAACCAUUACUUCGCUCGACGAUACAAAGGUAAGCUCAUAGUUCGUUUCGACGACACGAAUCCGGACAAAGAGAACGUCGACUUUGUCGAUGGUAUCAUGCGCGACAUCGCGACUUUGGGUCUGGAUCCGGACGUCGUCACGUACACGUCAGACUCCUUCGACGCCAUUCUCAAGAUGGGCGAAAAACUCAUCAAAGAGGGCAAGAUGUACAUCGAUACCACGGACGUCGACACCAUGCGUACGGAGCGUAUGCAGAAGAUCGAGUCCAAGUGCAGAAGCCAGAGCGUCGAGGAAAACUUGCGACUUUGGAAGGAGAUGAAGGCGGGCUCCAAGGAGGGCGCGGAGUGCGCCGCGCGCUUCAAAAUCGACAUGUCCAGCAACAAUGGCUGCAUGCGCGAUCCCGUCGCUUUCAGAUGCAACGUCGAGACCCCGCAUCACCGUACGGGAACGAAAUAUAAGGUCUAUCCGACCUAUGACUGCGCGUGCCCUUUCGUCGAUGCGCACGAAGGCGUGACGCACGCGCUUCGCACCUCAGAGUACGCCGAUCGCGAAGAUCAGUACAAGUGGAUUCAAGAAGCGAUGGGAAUGCGCAAGGUGCACAUUUGGGAGUACAGUCGAUUGAACUUGGAGUACACCACGUUGUCCAAGCGUAAGCUUCAGUGGUUCGUCGAUAACAAGCACGCGACUGGAUGGGACGAUCCGCGUUUCCCGACGGUGCAAGGCGUCGUUCGUCGAGGUAUGCAAGUCGAAGCGCUCAAGGAGUUCAUGCUUUCGCAGGGUGCGAGUAAGAAUAACAACCUGAUGGAGUGGACAAAAAUCUGGGCGAUGAAUAAGAAGAUCAUCGAUCCGAUCGCCCCGCGCCACGUGUGCAUCGACAACGCCGACGCCGUAGUCGUCAAGGUGCUCAACGGACCCGAGGGAGAAGAAUGGUUCACGACUCCGAAACACAAAAAGAACCCAGAUUUGGGCAUCAAGGUCGUGUUGCGCAUGAACGAAGUCAUCAUCGAGCAAGCCGAUGCGCGCGCCAUUAGCGAGGGCGAGGAGUGCACGUUGAUGGGCUGGGGCAACGCGUUUUUCAAAAACAUCGUCAAGGAGGGCGACGUCGUAAAAUCCAUGGAUUGCGAAAUCAAUCCGGAAGGCGACGUGAAGACGACCAAGUUAAAGAUGACUUGGUUGGCGAACUGGAACGAGCUCGUGCCGGUCGAGUUGAAGGACUAUGACUACAUGAUUACGAAGAAAAAACCAGAAGAGUCUGACGAGUUCAAGGACAUCGUCAACCCGACCACCGAGGUCGUCACGAUGGCGAAGGGUGAUGGAAACUUGCGCGCUUACAACAGAGGUACCGUCAUUCAAAUCGAACGCAAGGGCUAUUACGUCGUCGAUCGCGUGUACGUGAACAUGGACACGCCCAUGGUUUUGCUCAGCAUUCCGGACGGCAAGAAGGCGUCGUGGGGGGUCUCGGCUAAGUAG